AUGCCGGCGUAUAAGUCGUACAAGAAGACGAGGUUGGGAUCGUCGAACGUGGCGACGCUGGAAAAGGUGUACGCCAUGACGCAGUAUCCCGACGACGCCCUGAUCGAGAGCGUACGACAGGCAACCAAGCUGCCGGCGAGUAAGAUUAUCAACUGGUUUCAAGAACGCCGUCGAGGAGCGUCGCCGUCGGCGAUGCGACGCGACCGUGACGUUGUGAAUAGGCAGGUGGAUCGGCGAGGGACGACCGGCGGGUACUCGUACACGCGCCGAGAUGAACGCGACGAAGGAAGAGGUCUCCGCAGAGGCGAUGCUCGCGACGAGUACGGUGGAGGCGGUGGUGAGCGUCGCGGACGAGACGAUGCUUCCGAUUGGUCUCCGAAUUAA